UCUCACAGAACGCCGACACAGCCGCACUGUUGUUGCUGCCGUUCUUUUCACUUUCGUUGCGCCUUUCUGCAUUUUAUUUGGCAAUCUGUGUGUUUAAUUAGCACCUGUGAUAUUGCGCCACCGACUUGUGGCAGCAAGAUGAUGAGAAUCGGCGGAGAAACAAGAAGCAGAAGCAGCAGAUAAUAAUAGAAGCCCAGCAGAGGCUCCGCGAGUGUGCGAGUGUGUGUUGAGUGCUUGUGUGUGUGUGUGUGAUUUUUGCAAAACAAAACCGGAAAAGCAGAAACACAGACACGAAUGCGGAUGCGGAUGUUGAGGCCACUGCGGAUCUUAUCAGCAAACACAAAAUGCAAAUCCUGCAAGUGUUCGUGGCAACGCUGCUCUGCGGCUUCGUCCUAGGCGCCAAUAUCCUGGCCGUUUUUCCCAGUGUCUGGAAAUCGCACUAUCUCUUUGGCCGGAGAUUGCUGCAGGAAUUGGUGGAGAGUCCGGCCAAUCACUCGGUGACCUUGAUCAGUCCCCAUGGAGCGCAGGAGAAUGCGGAUCUCGAGAUUCCCAGGAUCCGGGAGCUGCGAAUCGAGGGCCUGCGGGAAAACUGGCUGGACAUGGGCAUGAGUUUCGAGGCCGAGGAAAUGCGAUCACAGAGUGUGAUGGAAAGGUUCACCCGACUGAUCUACGCCGGCACCACCAAUGUGGACAUUCUGCUCUCCGAUUCGCAAGUCCGGAAGCUCCUAACUAGUGGCGAAAAGUUUGACCUACUCAUCGUGGAUUUGUUUCUAAGCGAUGCUCUACUAGGCUUGGCCUUUUACUAUGGCAUUCCCACCGUUGCAAUCAGUCCCACCGGCGCCAAUUCCUGGCUGAAUAAUAUGUUUGGUAAUCCCCAGUCAUCGUCCUUGGAUCCCAGCAAUUUUCUGCCCUUCACCGAGCGGAUGAACACGAGACAGAGGAUCCUCAACUCACUGAUGAGCACCUUCGAGCGGUUGACCUACAACUUUUUCCACCUGAUCUCCCAACAAUCCGUGUACACCAAUCACUUUGAGUUGCUCGUAAAGGAACUGCCGCUCUACAGGGAUCUGACAAAGAAUUUGAGCUUGGCCUUGAUCAACUCACAUCCUGGCUUGCAUUAUCCACGUGCCUAUUUACCCAAUAUGGUGGAAGUGGGCGGCCUGCACUUGAGCCACUCAAAUGAACUCCAAUUGCCAAAGCAUCUUCUGACGUUUAUGGAAUCCGCUCCAAGUGGUGUUAUCUAUUUCAGUCUGGGCGCCGAUGUACAAACAGCUCAGUUGCCGCAGGAAAAGUUAGCCAUCAUACUCGAUGUAUUCGGCCACCUCAAGGAGUUCCACAUCCUGUUGAAAUGGGAGAAGGAGGAGUUUGCGGUGGACCAAGUGCUGCCCGAGAAUGUGAUGAUUGCUGAUUGGUGGCCACAGCAGGCGAUCCUGCACCAUCCGCAGGUCAAGAUGUUCGUUAGCAGCUGCGGACAGUUGAGCGUUUGGGAAUCGAUAAAUGGACAAAAGCCCAUACUUGCCAUACCCAUAUUGGCCGAACAGGAGGUGAUGGCCAAGCGAUUGCAGCACCACGGAGUCUCCCUGACUGUUGGCUACGACUCGGUAGCCUACGAUUCCCUGCUUCACGGGAUAAGACAACUCACACUUAAUACCAGCUACCUGGAGAAGUUGGGUCAACUUAAGGAGCGACUGAUUAGCAGGGAUUCCUCGCCAGCCAAAAAAGCAGUACGAAAGAUUCAGCUUAUAUUGGAUUCCGGAGGAGCCGAUUUCCUGAAAUCCCACGCCAACACUUUGAACUUUUGGCGAGCAGAGGGUGUGGACGUACUGCUUAUAAUAGCCGUGGGCUUUUGUGGAAUUCUAACCAUUCCCUUCUUGGCCAUUUGCAUUAUACUUAGAAAAUCCUACCACAGCCAAGCGGCGCAGGAUCAACCAGCCUAUAGAACCAACCUAAAAGUGGUUGGAAGAGUUCAUAGCUAUGGGGAGCAGGGCAGCUGCAGAUCUCCCAAGGGAGCAGAGUCGCUCAGGAGAACGCGAUCAGCUCAGUCUCUAUCGGCUCGGUCCAGCUCUUCGAGCAUGAGUUCCACCACACCGACGAGUCCUUCCACUGCGUCUACUACGCCACUGGACCUUACUCCCCCACCUCCUAUUCAACUGCUCGGGCAGGUUCCUCCACUGCAGCUGUACGUCAAUCAGCAGCGGAUAUACUCAAGCGAUCGAAAGACAUCACAAGAGGACAACGCGGAACGAAGGUUCUCAUAACAAGUUAUCUCCCACAAAACAUAAAAUUAAAACUUACUGAGGGAUAAAAGGAAACGAGGGUUUUUAUAUUAUCAUAUUAGCCAUUGCUUGUAAACUGUAAGAUUGCAUCAAAAUCAGUUUACAAUCUGGAAAAUGGUAAUACGAGAAAACAGGGAUUGGG